GGAAUACCAGCUAAUUAUUAAAAUAUCAUGAGUUCAGGAAAUUGUAUGGAUAGGAAGCAUUAUGUUCUGGUGCAUGGGGCAUGCCAUGGAGCUUGGUGUUGGUAUAAGCUCAAACCACUCUUGGAAUCUGCAGGACACAAGGUCACAGUGCUUGAUCUAGCAGCUUCUGGCAUCAACAUGCAGAAAAUAGAAGAUGUUGAAACUUUCUCAGAGUAUUCUGAGCCUUUGUUGCAGCUAUUGGCCACACUUCCCACAAAUGAGAAGGUAGUUCUAGUUGGUCACAGCCUUGGGGGAUUGAACAUAGCACUUGCCAUGGACCAAUUCCCAGAAAAGAUAGCUGUUGGUGUUUUCUUAACAGCAGUUAUUCCAGACACUGAACACAGACCAUCCUAUGUCUUGGAAAAGUUCAUUGAAAGUAUCCCAGCGGAGAAUUGGUUAGACAGUGAAUUCUCCCAGAGUGGAAACAAAUCAAUAGUUGUUUUUGGUCACAAAUUCUUGUCCGAGCAACUCUACCAAGCCUCCUCUAUUGAGGAUCGAGAAUUGGCCAAGACUUUAUUAAGGCCAGGGUCUCUCUUUAUCGAGGACUUGUCCCAGCAGAAAAACUUUUCCAAACAAGGAUAUGGGUCAGUUCCUCUUGCUUUUAUUGUUUGCACUGAAGACCUUGGAAUUCCAUUGAAUUUCCAGCACUGGAUGAUUCAAAAUGCUGGUAUCAAUGUCGACGUUGUAGAGAUCAAAGGCGCUGAUCAUAUGGCUAUGCUUAGCAAGCCACAACAACUAUGUGAUUCUCUCCAGCAGAUUGCUACCAAAUAUGAAUGAAAUUAUGAAAUUUGUUGUGUUCAAAAUUGACUUAUACUUGAAUAAAGUGAUAUUCUUGCAGAAAUUAUUGGGAA